GGGGGUGCAGGAGCAUCAUGGUUCCGAACUAUAAAUAACCUGGCCCUCGCGGCAGCCGCGCGCUCUGCCAUCAUUGCGUGAGCGCUCGUCUCCUUAAAUCAGCACCCAUUGUGUUUUGGGAUAUUUUGGAAAAUGGUGGAGGGUCCGGGAGUCACUUUGAACGGAGAAAAGAUUCGCUCAAAGGUUCAGAAAGGACAAAAAGUCAAAGAAAUUCGUGGAGGAGCAACACCAUCGUCGAUAGGAACGAUCAGAAGCUCGUACCAAGUCUUUGGUGGACGCUCGUACACUGGGGUGGACACCCUGGGAAAAGAGUUGUUCCUAUACUUCGGAGAAAGGGCGCUUCGGGUUCACUUUGGCAUGAACGGUUCCAUGCGGAUAAACCCGACCGAGAGGAAGGACCAGAAGGGUUCUCUUCCGGUUCUGGUGGUCCAGCUCACCAAUGACAGCAUCUGUUUCUAUGACUCCACAGUGGAAAUCAGGCUUACAGCUGACUCUGAGCAGAAAGUGCGUGCAAUGGAGAGUCUGGACAUGUGCUCACCGAAGUAUAGUGCGAUCCGUGCUGAGGAGGCAGUGAGGGCAGAGGGCCGACGCAUGCUCUGUGACGUUCUCCUGGACCAGGGGGUUCUGCCCGGCGUGGGGAACAUCAUCAAGAAUGAAGCCCUCUUUGACAGCGGCCUCCAUCCCUCUGUCACGGUGUCCCAGCUGUCCAGUGAGCAAGUACGCCAUCUGGUCAAAAUGACUCGGGACUUCACACAACUGUUUUAUAAGUGUCGGAAGAGCGGCUCGGCCCUCUACAAACAUUACAAGGUCUACAAGCGGCCUCAGUGCGGCCAGUGCAAGGGCAGCAUCACCGUCUGUCGUCUAGGCGAUAACGGCAGGAUGACUUACUUCUGUCAACACUGCCAGACAGCAGACCCAAUCCAGGUGAACAUCAGCAAACUCCCAACCAGGAACACUCUGAUUGGCUGGGCUUACCAGAGAGGUGGGACCAAUGAUCACGUGGCAAAGAAGGAGGAAGAGGAGUGGGCCUGUAACCUGUGCACCCUUAUCAACCGACCAAUCAGCAAGUCCUGUGAGGCCUGCCUGACCCCACGACCUGAGAUUCCACCUCCAGACCAGCAGGAGCCGUGUGACUCGUCAGCAUUCUCCACACACCUCAUUAAGUACCCCUGCAACUCCUUCAGUAAGCCCGCCCAGGAGCUGAAGCUGAACCGCCGCGCUGCUUUCGGCCACACCACCCUGGUCCUGUCUGACCUCAGCACACCGUCGUCCCCUGCUGGCCGCACUGCCACAUCGCCGCUCACCCCAAACAGCAGGGUGACGCAGAGUCCUUUGUGGUCAGGUAGCCAGGGUGACGGUCUCAAGAGGGCGGGGUCGCUAAGCGAUGUGGACGGGUCAUACACCCAGCCGUAUAAGAGGUCGAGAACAGACAGCGGGUCAGUUGCGGUCAGUCACAUAAAACCAAACCGCCAACAUGGCUCCGUCGGCGUCGCUCCAGACAAACGGAAGCAGGAAGGCCAACCUUCUUCUCCCAGAAUCCCUUGCUGUGCCUCUCACGGUCGUCCCAGCGUGCUGCGCGUGGUGAAUAAAGAGGACAACCGAGGCAGGCAGUUCUACUGCUGUUCUCUGCCCCGCGAGAGCAAGUGCAACUUCUUUGAGUGGGCGGACUUGCACUUCCCCACCUGUAACCAUGGGAAACGGAGCCUGAUGAGGACGGUUCUAAAGCUGGGUCCCAACAACGGGCGGAACUUCUACACCUGCCCCAUGAACAAGGGCCAGCAGUGUGACCUCUUCCAGUGGGCCGAGAACGGGCCAGGCAUCAGCAUUCUGCCUGGCUGCUAGACACACACGCACACACACACACGCACACAGACACGCACACAGAGACACACACACAUUCUUUCUUUCUUUCUUUCUUUCCCUUUCUCUAUCUCUCACUCACAGACAAAAACACACAUAUACACACACAAUGGCUUUUCCCUCUCACCCAUUCAUAUAUACCAACUUGCACAAAGAUUUUAGAGAGAGUAAUGUUCGGUUUUUGUUUGUAUGUUUUCUCUUCCAAAUAAUGCAAUGAUGUUAAUUAAUAUUCUAAGCUCUCAUUUUAAUCAAGAGGAGUGAAGCUGGUCUUGUUUGAUACACUGUGGAGCUCAUAGCACACAGCUGGAGCUGCCUUAUCUCAGGAGCGCCACAGAAAGCUCCUGUGGGGCGUUAUGACUGCUGGCUUGAUUUAAAAAGCCAAACCUCAGUCCUGUAGGAGUGUGGAGCGGUCCCUCCUGUAGCGGUCAGACCAUUGUGGUUGUAGGUUGUUAUUCUAACAGAGCCGGAGCACACAGUUUCACUUUGCACUAGACUGAUUAGCAAUGUAAGGUGUGCUACUGGUCGAAUGGACACAAGCCGGCAGCCAUGUUGGCCUACAUGACACUGGACUCCCCUGGAUGAGAGGAAUCGGCAGAAUAAGGAGCGUGCAGAGAGCCUCAAGCGUCUCAAACACUAGCUGACUCUCAGACAGAGCUGGCCCUGGUUCUGCUGUGGCCUCAGACAGAGCUGGUUCUGCUGUGGCCACAUUCAUUACAGUCAGUUGCAUUAUGGGAUAAUUCACAUGUCAGCUCAAGCACCAUUGUUGCAAUCAGAUCCUAAUGGAAGACCAAACAGCCUUCAACAAAAAGCUGUUCAGGCAAAACCAUGUAGCGUGUGUUUGUUUGUGCGUUUUAA